AGAUCCAUUAUCUCCUUAUUUAUUUAUUAUGUGUACAAACGCUUUAAUUACGAAUAUAAAAAAGGCGGAGCGGGUGAAACAAUUGACCGGUAUGAAGGUAGGUAGAGCGUGUCCAGCUGUUUCGCAUUAGCUAUUUGCAGAUGAUAGUUUGUUCUUUUGCAAGGCAAACAAAGAAGAGUGCCGCACUAUUCUGAGGAUACUAAAGGAUUAUGAAGCUGUAUGAGGACAACAAAUUAAUUUUCAAAAAUCCUCAAUUCAAUUUGGACAUAAGAUUGAGGAAUCAAGUCGCCAAGAGUUGCGAGAUAUAUUGGGGAUUCAGAAUCUAGGAGGAAUGAGUUCUUAUUUAGGUUUGCCGGAAAGUUUAGGAGGAUAUAAGGUUCAAAUGUUUGGUUUUGUACAAGAUCGUCUGAAUAAUAGGGUGAAUGGUUGGACUUUUAGAUUUUUCACCAAAGGGGGAAAAUAGGUGAUUAUUAAGUCGGUGAUAACUGCUCUACCAAACCAUGUGAUGUCGGUGUAUCGGUUACCGAAAGCUACAAUGAAGAAACUAACGAGUGCGGUAGCUCAGUUUUGGUGGAGCCCAGGAGGAAGCACAAGAGGUAUGCAUUGGAAAUCAUGGGAUAAAUUGUGUGAACAUAAGGAUAAUGGUGGGCUAGGUUUCAAGGAUUUGAAUGAUUUUGAUACGGAAAUGCUUGGAAAGCAAUUGUGGAGGCUGAUCGAGAAGCCAAAUUCUCUUUUCUCUCGAGUUUUUAAAGGGCGGUAUUACAGGAAUACUUCACCCCUGGAACCAUUCGCUCAUAUUCCCCGUCGUAUGGCUGGAGGAGUAUCAUCUCUGCUAGAUCUUUGGUUUGUAAAGGACUAAUUAAAAGGGUGGGAACAUAGUCAUCUAUCUCAGUAUGAAAUGAUCCUUGGAUCUCAUCCACUCGCCCGAGACCAGCUAACAAAAACCUUCAUAACAGUUACCCAGACCUUACAGUGGAUUCUCUUAUUCAUCAGGAUUCCCGCACUUGGAAUUUACAGGCACUUAGGACUUUGGUGGAGCCCAACGAUGCAAAAUUGAUUGAAAGUAUUCCUCUGAGUAGAAAUCAGAUGGAAGAUUGGAAUGGUUGGCAUUUCACUAAUAAUGGGACAUACUCGGUACAAUCAGGGUAUCAAGUAGAAAUGAUCUAUCCUGACAAGGAAAAACCACCAGAAUUUUAUGGUCCCAAUGUGGAUACACUCAAGGCAUUCUGCUGGAAAGUGAAGUGCCCUCCAAAGUUACGACAUUUUCUAUGGCAGUUGCUGACAUGUUGUAUAGCAGUGACAAAAAAUUUAAAAUCAAGAGGAAUACAAGGAGAUACAGUUUGUGCACGGUGUGGAGAUCCAGAGGAAUCAAUAAAUCUUGUUUUCUUUGAGGGUCCUCCGGCACAACAAGUGUGGGCACUAUCUAAGAUUCCAUCAAAUCCAAACUUUUUUCCUAUUGGUUCUCUAUUCGCUAAUAUGGAUCACUUAUUUUGGAGAGUUAACCCGAAAAUGGAGGAUCAUCAGUGUGUAUGGAUACUAUUGUACAUCUGGAAGGGCCGGAAUAAUAAAGUUUUCAGUAAUAUAGAUAUUGAUCCGAGAGAGACGCUCAACUUAGCAGAAUUGGAGUCAAGACUUUAGGCUGAGGCACAUAAUAUAAUUAAUCCAAGGGUGGCAAUUGAAGUACAAAUCAGAUCGACCUUAGAGACCACAUGAAGAUGGUGUUUCACGGAUGGUUCUUGGAAAGAUAAAGAUUCUUUUUCAGGACAAGACUGGCUCAGUACACUUCCAGGGUUUGAGGGUUUGUUAGGGGCAAGGAAUGUAAGGGCAAGUCUCUCACCUCUUCAUGCGGAGAUGGAGGCAUUAAUUUGGGCAAUGGAAUGUAUGAAAAACUUAAGACUGUACCGAGUCACGUUUGCAACAGAUUGUUCUCAACUGGUGAAGAUGGUUUCAGAACCAGAGGAAUGACCAACAUUUGGAAGUUACCUGGAAGACAUUAAGCUUUUGAGAAGAACCUUCACCAACUCAGAAAUCGUUCAUGUUCCUAGGACGGAAAAUAUAAUGGCGGCUCGCUUGGCACGCAGUGCUCGGAUACAACCGUCGUUCAUCGUACACAUGGAUGCAGAGUUACCACUUUGGUUUACAGAGUCUACAUGAGUCUGUAAAUGCUUUUGCUGUAGAAAAAUAUAUUAUUUUCUGGAUAAAAAAAUAAUUUUAUGAUAUUAUUAAAUAAAAUAAAUGAAUGAAUUAUGUAUAUUUUUUAAUUUUAAAAAUUAUAAAUGCAAAUACUCUUAUAAAAGCUUCAUAUGAGAGCUUUGAUCAGAGAGCAUUUGGAAAGCAUUAACAUUUAGUAAAUGUUUUUUUAAAUGCUUUUCUAACAAAUGUUGAUCGGAUAAUGUAAAACAUAAUGCUACUGCUAAUGUUCUACCAAUCAAGCAACAUAUAUUCUAGUAAAAGAGUUUCAUCAUAAAAAUUUAAGCUUCUAUUACAAUUUUAUGUUCCAAGAUUUAUUGUGCAAAUCCUCCACGAGGAUCAGUUUAAACAUUUGGCUGAAGAAAAUUAACCGUAUGGUUGAGUGGUACAGCAGAUUUGCAAAUGUGCUAAAGAACCCAGGUUCGAACCUACCAAAUUCAUAUUUACUCGUUUUUCUAAUUUUCAUUGCGAUCAACCAGAUCUAUUUAAAGUCGGUGGACAUGUCUUAGAAAAUUAGUCAAUUGGAUUUUGAUCCGCCGGAUACUCCAGAUUAUCAAAAAGAAAAGUUUCAAACGUUAAAAGAAAAUCUAACUUGCAUUUUGAAUAGUUAUUAAUUUAUUAUUUUAAGAACGAUGAAAAUGAUAGCUUUAUUUUUGUAAGAUCCAGCAUCACACUUGUGAAGGCCCAAUAGCUUUAGUCUGAAUUAAAAGCCCAUAAGAAGAUGGUUAUGAAUUAAGAAACGAGGAAAAUUUUGAUUAGUACUUAUAAUUAGCAUAAAAACAUAAUAACAGUGAGGCCCAAUAUGCUGCUAAUCCAGCUGGCUCUUACGGUUUGUUUUCAAAUAAGAAGAGACCAAAUUCUAUGUUGCAUUCACAAACUCUUAGAAAACCCCUCGAUUUUCUCAUUUUCUCAUUUUCUCGUCAUCCAAGGAAGACGAUGACUGGUGCCAACACAGUUUCUGGUGGUGAACAUGGUUCGGACAAGAAGAUUCAUGGUGACAUCGAUGUGAGCAAAGUCAAAGCACCAAACAUGUUCGAACGUGCCAAAGAGGAAUUCGAUGCUGUUAUUGGGGUGAUUCAUCAACACAAGAGUUCCAGGGACGAAUCUGAUAAAAUGGAACUCAAAUCCGAGAAAACAGAUGCAAAGAAGAAACGGAAUAUGAUAAGAAACGCCAAGGAAGAAAUCAAAUCUCUAUUCCAUUCAAAGGAGAAACCUCAUCGCCACCAUCAUCAUCGCAAAGAUUCUCAUGGAAGCAGUGAUGAUAUCGAUGAGAACACGCAUGUGGAUGAAGUGAAGGCUCCCAAUGUUUUCGAUAGAUCCGAGGAAGAGAUCGAGGCCGUCGUCAUCGACACCAUCCAUCCCGAGAAGAAUGAGAUUGACGGUUCUGAUUCUCCUAAGAGUUCUAGGUCUGCCUCACUGGAGAAGGAAAGAGCUGGAUUUGGAUGCUCUCUUGGAAAGUGGCUUGAAAAGAUUUGUGCUCCUUGGGGUGAUAACAAAAAAGAUUGAGUUAUUAAUAAAUUGAUCAUGAUCAUGAACUUGUUUUCUAUUUGUCGAAUGGUAAAGUGUGGUUGAGUUUCAAUGAGUUUGUUUA